CCCAAAUCAAAACUAUCACACGCACUUUCUCUCUCUAAAAAAAAUUAAAAAUAUAAACUGCUCACAUUCUCCACUGGUUUUCCGCCACCGGAAAUGAAACCGGCGCCGGAGAAAUUGACGAUACGCCUAUCGAGGCCGCUUUAGUUGGACGGCGGAGAAAUCGAGGGCCGAUGAUGAAACUGGAGAGCGAAUUUCAUCAGAAAAUGGACGGUCAGACGAAGCUCACUCGAACGAAUUCAUCACUCCUCCGCUCAUCCCCCACCAUCCGCUCAUCCAUCCACAGCUUGUCUUCUGUGAGCGAGAUCGCGCCCGAUUCCCACGCGGAGGAUCUCGAGGAGCAGAAGCCCCACAGCAGGCCGCUUCCACCUCCGGCUCGCUCCGGUGCGCCGGUGGCCGUCGCCUCCCUCCUCCUUCUCUACGCGCUCUUCGCCUUCUUCACUUCGGACGAUUUAGCCACUUCGGAGAAUCUGCUCUCAGCUUUAAUUUUCGUCGCGGUGUUGCUGUUCCUGUUGUCGAGAAACAAGGGUUUCGUGAGCAGGAAUGUCAAUUUCAUCAAGCAAAUUUGCGAUGAGUAUGGGAAGAGGUUAGGGUUUCUGUCGAGAACUCACUCGAAGCCUGUGCAAUGGUUCAUCGGCGAGGCGGAAUCGGAGGAAUUGGAACAAUGCAGGGUGGAGAGGAGUAGUAGGAAGAUUGUUCGGGAAGGUGUGGAGUUUUACAGCAAUGGCGAUUUCUACGAAGGGGAGUUUCAUAAGGGGACGUGUAAUGGGAGUGGUGUGUACAAUUACUUUGUGAAUGGGAGGUAUGAAGGGGAUUGGAUCGAUGGGAAAUACGAUGGUUAUGGGAUCGAGAGCUGGGCGAGAGGGAGCAGGUACAGAGGGCAGUAUCGGCAGGGGUUGCGCCAUGGAUAUGGAGUGUAUAAGUUUUACACAGGGGAUUCUUAUGCUGGAGAGUGGUGCAAUGGGCAGAGCCAUGGCGUUGGAGCUCAGACUUGUGGCGAUGGGAGCUGCUUCGUCGGCGAGUUCAAAUGUGGGGUUAAGCAUGGCCUUGGAUGCUACCAUUUCAGGAAUGGAGAUAGAUACUUCGGUGAGUACUUUGGGGAUAAAAUCCAUGGCUUCGGGGUCUAUCACUUCGCCAACGGCCAUUUCUACGAAGGGUCGUGGCACGAAGGCCGGAAGCAAGGCUACGGAAUGUACACCUUCCGAAAUGGUGAGGCCAGAUGUGGAGAAUGGGAUGAUGGCAAUCUCAGUAUCCCACUCACCCCACUCACUGAUGCAGUUCUUCGAGCAGUUCAGGCUGCUAGGAAGACUGCGGAGAAUGCAAUCCACCUCCGCCGGGUUGAUGAGCAAGUGAACAAGUCUGUGGUGGCCGCAAACAGGGCUUCCACCGCAGCCAGAGUCGCUGCCAUCAAAGCUGUUCAGAAUAGGAUUCAUGGGCAAUUUUGUGAUACCAACUUGUGAGAUGUUAACUGGUAAAUGUAAGUUUACCAGCACUGAUUUUCCACAUCGAAAACGGGCACCCUGCUGAAGGCUGAAAGCCAACUCCAGUGGUUGAGAUUUGGUUAACUAUUCUCUAACUUGUACAUAGAUCAUCACCAUGUAUACUACUCCUAGUUAGUGCACAUAUAUGUGUAUGCUGAAUCCAGCCCUUUGUCUAAUUGUAGCCAAAUUUUCAGAUUUACUUUUACAUGCUUUGUGUUCUUAUCUUA